UUUCCAAAACAGUGCAAAACCCCUAAUCUGGCAGCACUGCAAGGAUUUUGUUAUAUGUACACAUCCACAAUAGUGUGCGUGCAUUAUAAGAUAUAGAUCUGUUACCACCUACGUCACCAAUUGCUUUGUUAUGAGCAAUUUCUUCUACAUCUGACAGAACAACCGACCCGAACUGUCAAUUUAGCUUGCGCAACACGCUAAAUAAACAAGUCCUUCAAAAGGUCUACUUGAUACAUAUUUAUUUCUAAAAGGGCCUAAUGCUGGUUGUAAACGUCACCUUGAGUUGAAUGCAAUACGCUAAAUUUGGUUAUCACAAAGAUUGAGCGCGCGUUGCACAUUUUUGUGCUCAGAUCAAACUCUUUUUUUUCAUACAUAUUUGCCUCCGCUUUUAUCACACUAAAUCUCACUCUCAUAUUCACUAGGCCCAAUUUUUUGACAAAAAUUGAACGUACUCGAAGAAGGAGAGAAAUUCCUUAUGUUAGAACGUGGGGUAAAUGCACAAAAGUAUUUCUCGGUUUCUCGGUUUCAAUCUCGGUUUCUGUGAGAGAAAUGUUUAGCGUGGAUGUUUUGUUGUUGACCGAAAUCUGUUUUUGUGCGUCAAGUGGAAAAUCUUCAGAAAAACCUCGAGAAAAACAAUAAGUCGAUAGUGGCCACAAACCUAAUACCGGAAAUGGAUCUCGUCGAUGAUUCGCCAUCCCGGACGGUGCAGCUGUCCAUAGGAGAUACCUCUUCGGCAGGUAAAAUUCUUUGUUUACAAUUUGUGUAUUAUGUGUAAAUAGAGUGGGCAGGUGGCACAAAGUUACCGCCCGUAGUAUGCUCUGCUCGUAGAUGUUCAAAUCGAGCAACAGUUAGAAAGGCCGCAUCAGCAUUAUGUAAAAAAUAACACGUUUCUGUCGUUUUAGGGUCUUCUAGGAAGCAUUUGUGCAUCUCAGAGAGUUUGAUUAAUGUGAUUUGAAUAUAUUUGUUUUGCGAUGUGUGUAUUCCAGACGGCCCUGAAUCGACAGAAUCGUGUUUGAUUACAAGAUGUUGGAGCUGCUUUUUCAUUUGCUGGUCUAUAAUAAGAAAACAAGUACAUUACUUAUAUUAGUCUAUUUUGUUUUAGGUGGAUUGGAACUCUGGAACAAAGAUUUAGCGGAAAUGUUUGCGCAACCGGCAGUCGCCUCCCACCAAGCCCAACCCACAAUCAACGCCAACUCACAUAAGAAGCAGAAAAAGAAGAACGGAGCUUUCCAUCGAAAGUUAGCCAAGAAUUAUUCUGAGCCAUACCUGCAAUGUAUGUUAAAUAAUGUGAAAGACGGGCGAAUGACGAUGUAUCAUGUCGAUAAAUACUAUGGCAUUCCUCGAGGAACACUACAGUACAGGCUCGGCACAAAAUUCAUGAGCAAAGGCCGAACGGGACCAGAUACUGUGCUCACUACGGAAGAGGAAACUGUAGUACUAGACUGGAUUUUGACCAUGGAACGACGAGGAUUUCCGGUAACGCGCAAGGGUUUGAUUGCAAAAGUUUCUGCCUACCUAAAACAGCACCCUAGGGUGAAUCCUUGCCGAAACAGCGUACCAGGUAAUUGAAACACCAUACUUCAGAUUUUCACUGUGAAUAUGAGCCUCCUCUUGUAGUACAAAGUACUCAAUUGCAAGCAUGUUUAACCACAGGCAAACAAACGUAACGUAAUGGUCGUACCACAGACAAACAGAUGUAACUCUUAGAGGAAAUUCAAUUUUGGGUAAAUGUCGUUUUGGGUUGAAAAAUCUCACUUUUGGGUUUAAUUUACCUAAUGUUGAGUAAAUUUUUUUGAUGAAGAUAAAGGCAAACUACCUAGUGUUAGUUUAAUAGAUUUACUCAAAUUUGAGUUAUUGGCCCAAACUAUGGGGUUGCGUCAAAAGAACUCAAAUUUGGGUAGCACGAAUUGAACAACGUAAAUACUUGCUUAAGCUGAGAUGCAUUCAAGAGUGUUCAAGUGUCCGUUCAAGUCAUUUGCCCAGUCAUUCAUUUGGAAGGAAUGUUUUGAGGUGUUUUCAAUUCAGAUGCUCGUGUUAGUUGAACAAUGUAAACCAGGCAUUAGGUACUACCAAGGGUACUACCACAAUGAAGGGAACGAUUAACCUAGUUUAUGGUUGAUUUUCUUCUUUUUGGCGUAUCGUCACAAAUGGGACAAAGUCUGCUUCAUAGUUAUUAACUGAGAGCAUAAGAAAAGUUCGUUGCGGGAUCAGAAGUUGCUGCGCCUCAAAUUGAGGGUAUAUAUUUUCGAAAUUUAUCAGUCAGUGUCAAAUUAAAAAUGCUAUUAUUGAACAUCGAAAGCCCCUCCCAGAGCAAGUUUAUGGCUACGCCACUGGCUCACCGCAUUGGCUAUAUGCGCCCUCUGGUUGAUUUUUUUGAAAUGGAGUUCAACCACAGAGAACAGACAUUUAAGCCCAAACAAAAAUACGUCCAAUUCGUGUAAGUGUACCUUAACGCCAUCAACGGAGACUGCCCCACUUAUAAACUUGAUUUGACCACACCAGCCCACAAAGAGAUACGAGCGCUGAAUUUUUCUGGAUUUCCUUUUCAACUAAAUUUUCAGGCUUAUUCUGCGCCGCGUGUGACGUGAGACGACUAAUGUAAAUCAAAUGGGGCGAGUCGACCUUUAUUUUCAAAAAUACUUGAGUUUCAGUGGUUUUCAGGAAUCCUCAGACGAUCCAUUUUACCAAUUCUGGGACGGCGUUACGGAUUCGUCUGUUAGCUUUGGGCGAGGAUGUGAAAGACCAGUGGUUCGUGGCUCUGAUGCUGUCCAGCCUGCCGGAGUCCUACGGCGGAUUGAUCAUGGCGCUCGAAAGUCGACCGGAUGCGGAUCUGACCAUCGAUUUCGUGAAGGGGAAGCUGCUCGACGAGGGAAGACGUCGGGUGGAGAAUGCGUCAUCGAGCGAAAAAGUUUUGGUGACUGGAUCGUGGAAGAAGAAUCCGGCUGAGAAGCCAAAAGUGAAGAAGGAAAGGGUGUGUCAUUAUUGCAAGAAGGAGGGGCACUGCCUAUGAUCGCAUAACUGUCCCAUAUGAAUAGGAAACCCAGCAAAUAUGGGACUGAUAUGCGAUCAUAGGCAGGGCACAUCCGACGCGACUGCCGGAAAAUGAUGCAGGAUCAACAGGAGAAGGAGAAGUCCCAGCAAGCAAACAUCGUGGUGAAAGCGAAGUCGGAAGGUGAGCUGUGCCUAGCUGCUGGCGUGGCCGGAUAGGCUGACGUGUGGUAUCUGGAUUCGGGUGCCACGGCCCACAUGACGACUAACUCCAGCAUUCUUGAGGAAAUGGAUACGACAAAAGCGACGACGAUCUGUCGGGCUGACGGAAAAUCGAUCAAAUCGGUCGGAUCUGGUGCGGGUCGGGUGAUUUCCGUGGAUGGGAAAGGCGGCCGGAAUGUGAAACUGGAGAAUGUGUUUCACGUGCCUUCGUUAGCGGGAAACUUGCUGUCGGUGAGCAGAAUAACCGACUUGGGAUUUCGAGUGGUGUUUGACAAAACGGGGUGCAAAGUGCUAAAAGAAGAAGAAGCUGUGUUAGUAGGACAACGGAAGGGUGGUUUGUAUCACCUGAAACAACUUCCUGGACAUGAUUUCUUGGUGGAUCCGAAGCACAGUGAUUUGUGUCAGCACUUGUGGCACCGUAUAUUGGUACACAGCGAUCCACAAGCUGUUAAGAAAAUAGUGCGUGAACACUUGGGGCACGGGUUGAAGAUAAACGCUUGUGAAGUGCAAUCCAUGUGUGGCUGUUCCUUUCCGAAGGCGUCGGCGUUGAAGACCAAAGCAGUUGGAGAGCUGAUUCACGUGGACCUUGGCGGUCUGAUGGAGGUAGAAACACCAAGAGGUAACGUUUCUACAUCGCUCUGGUGGAUGACUACAGCCGCUACUCAGUCGUCUACCCAUUCCAGAAAAAGUCCGAUGCUGAGGAUAAAAUCCGUGAGUAUUGCGCAUUAGUGAAACAUCAAUUUGGUGGAUACCCGAAAUGCAUUUGCACCGAUGGGGGUGAUGAGUUUAUGAGUGCUUCGUUGCUUAUGUACUUUGCGGCGAAUGGCAUCGUGGUACAGCAAACGGCACCGUACACGCCACAGCAAAACGGCGUGGAGGAGCGUAAGAACAGGUACGUUGUGGAGAUGAUGCAAUGUAUGCUGUCUGAAGCGGGACUCGAUAAGCGGUUCUGGACCGAAGCUAUCUGCACUGCGAAUUACUUGCGACUAACAGGACCCCGUACGAGUUGUGGAGCGGGAAGAAGCCAUCGUACGCGCAUCUCAGGAUAUUUGGUUAGGUAGCGUAUGUCCACGUUCCGAAGGAGAAGCGGUGUAAGCUUGACGUGAAAGCUGAGAAGUUGAUGUUCAUCGGGUACGAAGAAGGACGGAAGGCGUAUCGAUUCCUGAAUCUGGAGACGGAUCGAGUGACGAUCAGCAGGGACGCAAAGUUUCUUGAGCUGUGCGCCGUCAAGGAAGCUGUCUGUCGAGAGCCUGUAGCGACAGGAGGAGUCAUCGAAGUUCCUUUGGCCUUGCCGCCGGAGAAUGAGGAAGAAGCAGCUGAGGCACCGGAUCCAGGCACCGGAGAUAUCGAUUCGGAGGUGGUAGACAUCAGCGAUUCUCGGUAUGAUAGUGCGAUAGUGCUUCUGAUUCUUCGUUUCACGGAUUCCCUCUGGAUGGAAUCGCUCGUUGGAACAGCGGACGACGAAAGGGAAGCCACCGUCCAGGUUGAUUGAGGAGAUCUUCGUGGCUGAGAGUGUUCCUCAGGAGAAGUCCGAGCCCCGGAGCUUGCGUGAAGCGUUGACCUGUGAAAAGAAGAAAGAAUGGGCAGCUGCAAUGACGGACGAAUUGAAAUCACAUUCCAACAACGAGACGUGGGAGCUGGUCGAUCUGCCGCCCGGCCGGAAAGCAGUCGGUUGCCGGUGGGUCUUCAAAGCGAAGAAAAAUGCAGCCGGUGAGGUGACGAAAUACAAGGCGCGGUUGGUGGCCCAGGGGAACUCCCAGAAGUAUGGCGAAGAUUUUGAUGAAGUUUUCGCUCCGGUUAUCAGGUACACGACGCUUCGAGCUCUUCUAGCUUUGGCGAGUAGCAGAAAAAUGACAUUGAACCACUUCGACGUCAAAACCGCCUACUUGUACGGCAAACUAGAUGAGGAGCUGUUUAUGAAGCAGCCACCUGGAUACGAAGUGAAAGGGAGGUAGCACAUGGUGUGUCGAUUGAAGCGAAGUAUUUAUAUAUAGCGAAGUAUAAUAGCAGUCGGCCAGGUGCUGGAAUCGGCGGCUGGAUAGUGUUUUGCGUAAAAUGGGAUUACGUCCGAGUGCAGCGGAUCCCUGCUUGUAUACAAAAGUAGUGAAUGGCAAGUGGAUAUACUUGCUGGUGUACGUCGAUGACAUUAUGGUGGGAAGUGAAGAUGAAUCUCAGAUUGAAAUAGUGUACAAAAAACUGAAGAAACAUUUUGAUAUGGCCGACCUUGGUGAAGUGUACUAUUUUCUGGGGCUCGAGAUCAGUCUUGAGCAUGGACAAUACAGUGUAUCAGUGACGAACUAUAUUGAAAGAGUGGCGGAGAAAUUUGGCCUCCGUGAUGCGAAAAGUGCCAAAUCGCCGAUGGACAUCGGUUAUACGAAGACGGAGGACAAGAGCCUGGCACUGUCGGACAUAACAGCCUACAGAAGCUUGGUCGGCGCGCUCCUGUACAUAGCGGUGUGCGCGAGACCGGACAUUGCGGCUUGUGUUUCAAUACUAGGUCGGAAGGUUAGUGCUCCAACAGAAGUGUACUGGGUCGCGGCGAAGAGGGUAGUUCGCUACCUGAAGACUACGAAGGAUUGGAAGUUGAAGUUCGAUACAAGUGACGGUCUGGUUGGCUAUUCCGAUGCCGAUUGGGCUGGUGACAUCGAAACCCGGAAGUCAACCACAAAAUUCGUUUUCCACUAUGCCGGUGGAGCAGUGUCAUGGGUGAGCCGAAGACAAAAUUGUGUAACGCUUUCAUCCAUGGAGUCGGAGUAUGUGUCUCUGUUCGAGGCAAGUCUAGCUUUAGGUCUUUUCGGCGCCCCUCUGAGGCUAGGGGCUUUGGCUGGGCCAACCUGGCCAACCGCAGGCUACGGCUCUGGGUAGGGAUUGCUGGGCAGAGGCCGGUAACGCUCGACACGUAAACUCCCCUCCCCGUUAUUUGUGGACGGCGCCUUACGACUAUGAUUCAUUAAACUGUUAAAGCCCAGGAUUCAAAAAAUUAAAGAAUUGAAAUUUUGUAGAAAACAACAUUUGACUGAACCAAAAUUUGCUUAACCCUCUAAUACCCAACCCCGCCUUUAGACGGGGCAUAGUUUGAGCAUUUUUGUAUUUUUUCUUGCCUGGAUAAUCAGAACUUUAAUAUUUUUGGCUGAUAUUUAGGACUGUUCUGUAUAUCUUACAAUGGUUUUGAUCUGUUUAAGCGUAUUACCAUUUUUUUUUUAAAUCAUUGAAAAAUUGAUGUUUUGGUCGCCUUUCAGAUGACAUUGUUUGUAUUUAAUCGCAACAAUUAACGUAUUUUAAAUUUUUCCUUAAUCAUCCUAGUAUAGCAAAAGAGUUGAAAAAGUAUAGCAAAAGAGUUGAAAAAGGAAGUUGAAUACACACUAAAAUUAUUUUCCUAAAAGUUACAUGGAAAAUAAAAUUUAAAAUUUAAAUAUUUUAACAAUUAUCAUAAAAUCUCAAAAUGUUUUAGUCUUAAAAAAUCGAUAUGCCAAAUAGGCUUCCAGGAAAAAUAUAAAAGUGUAGGGAUGUUCAAUAAUAAAAAUUAGAAAAAUCAAAAACCAAAAUUCACAAAAUCGAGAAUUCAAAUAAUCAUCUUCCAAAACGUCUUUAAAUCGAUUUUAGAUGACGAAAAAUGAUAUUUAGAUCAAAAUAUAAAAUUUGGGUAUAAGAGGGUUAAACGAAAAAAAAACUACAAAUUGUUGAAAGUUUUAUUUUCCAAUUCACAGGCCGAAAAUGGCUUGACGGGUUCAUGCGACGCCAUCCCCAGUUAUCGUUUAGAACCCCAGAAGCUGUAUCCUCUGCUAGUGCGAAAGUCACUGAACAGGAUAUCCGGAAAUGGUUCCGAACUGUAAAAGAUUAUCUUAUCGAGAAUAAUCUCAUGGAUGUCUUGGAAGAUCCUUCGCGUAUUUUGAAUGGAGAUGAAACUGGGUUCCGAAUGGACUCAUCACCAAAAAAGGUAUUGGCAACGAAAGGUGCCAAGAAUGUACCAUUUGUUGAAACGCAAAACAGUAAACAGAACGUCACAGUAUUAUUUUCCUUUGCUGCGGAUGGUACAAUAAUUCCACCGGAUGUGAUUCUUCCAUUAAAAAGAAUGAGCUGUGAGAUAGCUCAAUCCUUCCCUCAUGAUUGGGGGUUGGGUACAUCCGAAUCAGGAUGGAUGAACUCGUACAACUUUACAGUCUACAUAAAAAGAGUACUACAUCCUACGUUAAUCAAGAGAAAUGUAAAAUUUCCAGUAUUGUAUUUUGUCGAUGGCCAUAAAUCCCACACGGCUCUAGAAGCUGCUGACGCCUGCGCUGAACUGGGUAUUAUUCUUAUUGCCUUAUUUCCCAAUGCAACGCGAAUCAUUCAACCAGCCGACGUUUCAAUAUUCCGGCCCCUUAAAAACAGCUGGGAAAGAGUUGUAGAAAUCUGGAGGACGGACGAAAAGGCGGAGAAAUUGACGAUUCCAACAAUCGGGCCAUUGCUGGAGAAGACGAUGGAAUCAGCGUUCAAAAAAUCUACAAUAAUAAAUGCAUUCCGGGUAUGUGGCCUCUACCCAUUCGAUCCAGAUGCUGUGGAUUACAGUAAAUGCAUUGCUAGCAGCCACUGUCGUAUCAAACCAGCUUCACAAAUUUCAACAAACAUAACCCUCCCUAUGGACACAUCAAAGCACGAAAAACGAAUAACCCUUGUACCCACAUCAGCAAUUGAGAGUGCGUUGCAAAUGAUUGGAAGCGAAAAAAUUGAGCUUUACAGAUUCGGUGACCCUGACAGCUUUUCAAACGAGGACAAGAUGUUGUCAUUCAUUUACAACAAUAUACUCAGUGUUGGCCGAUCUGAUUAUGAGCAAUCUUAUGAAGAACCAACCAGUAUGGACCUCGAGUUAGAAGCUGCGAUUGCCGAGCCGAUAAUCAUCCUCGAAGACGAAGAAGGAAAUCUUGCUAAUUAUGAGAAUGGCUCUUUGAACCUGGAAAGUCGUUGGCCUUCCAUGACUGAGAAACCGUCGUCGUUUGAUGAACAUUUGACACACCAAAAUAUCAGCGAAACAGUAACUUGUCCCGGUUUCUUGGAUAUUACCCACAACAAACACAAAGCAACUCCUGCAUCAACGAUUCUUAUCGGGCAUGAUUCCGUUCUUGAAGAGGAACAUCGUUCAAAUUGCUCGGAAGUAGACACGACAAAGGAUGGUGCCCCAAUUGUGUACCAAGAAUCCGGCGAAGAUACUCUUGAAUUCGACCACGAAGAAAUAACAAUCAAUCAUGAGGAUGAAUUUGAAUGGUAUCCAGAUUCACGACUGAACGUUGGACAAGUCGAGUCACCGAUUGCUAUGGAGAAGUUCUUGUGUGAUGAUCCCCCAUCUGACUUUGCAAAUAGCAGUAGUUUGUACAAUCACCUGGAGACACAAUCUAGCAGCGCUUCAAACUUUUUCGUAGCUCCGCCAAGCCCUAAGCGAAGCUCGAAACACCGAUUUUAUAAGCAGAAAUCGUACGCAAUUCUGACAGCUGGAGAGAGAUUGCAGGAGCUUCGCCAAAUAGAGAUCAACAAGGAAGUGGCGGCAAAAGAAAAAAUAGAAAAAGCUGAAAAGCGUAAGACAGAGAAGCUGAAGAAGGAGGUAGCGGCACUCAUUCGAGCUGAAGAGAAAGAAAAUGCGAGAAAAAUGAGAGAUUUCAAGAAGGAAGAAGCAGCCGCGAAACGAGCCGAAAAGAAAGAAAACGCAAAAAAAAUGAGGGAAGAGAAGAAAGAAAAGAAAAAGAAUGCUGGCAAGCGUUUUGACAAGUUGUUAGUAUAGGAUCCAUAACUACAGUUUCCUGUAUGAGAUAACAUUUUUCUAAGGUGUAAAGGUGUAUCGCAUUGCUUGUUUGUUUUAUCAUUGAAUCAGCAAAAACAAAAAUUCAAAAUCGUCAAUUAUCUUUAUAAGUAAAAGGUAAAGUAUUUCCAAUAAGCACAACGAACAAUUCGUUUAUUCUUUUUAAAUAAAUAAAACUAAGUCCUCUAAACUGUGUCACUUUCAUUUUAUUUAAACAACUUAUCUUAGAUAAUUGAAAAAAUGUCAUUUUGCUCAUUUCCUAAUAUCGAUCUUCAUUUAUCAAAAAAGCAAAAAUUAAAAAGAAGGCUAAAAAGUGAAGCAAUUUUACCAUUUGACUAAUUAAACUGACGAAAUAGAAAAUGUCAAUUACAACGUUGUAUUUACAACACGGGAAACAAAAAAUGUAUGCAGUCCAAUUGUGUUUUACAUAUCAUAAAAUAAAGAAAAAUUUACCCUACUUACACCAUACCCUACUUGAACUUGGGUUUGUUCAUCGGCUUUUUUUUAUAAAAAUGAAUAAAAAUCCAGCAUUUACCGGACGUUUCGACCUUUUCGGUCAUCCUCAGUGGUUCAUGCUAUGGGACAGAACUAUAACCAUUGCAAGGAUUAUAGUUUUGCCCCAUAGCAUGAACCGCUGAGGAUGACCGAAUACGGUAGUAGGUCGAAACGUCCGGUAAAUGCUGAAUUUUUAAUCAUUUUCACAGAAAAAAAGCCGCAAAGCAAGCAAAGGUAACCGUACACAAUACACAUCGUAGUUGCUACUCCGUGAUUGAUCAGAACAAUCGAAGUUGCACAGAGAUCCAAUUAAUGGUACUUGGAACUAGCUACACACUCUCAAUGUGAACAAUUUGAGAGUUCAACAUUUUAAAGUAAAAAACGGCGCCGGCCACGUCCUUACGAUCAUCGGGACAGGGGAAGGAAUGCUAGUUCGACAACCGUUGUUACUAGAAAUCAUGGAAUCCUCAGCAUCCCCACAGUUGUCUCGGGAAGGAGUAUUUGUUAGCAGGGUAGGGUAAGGUGUGGAUCUUGGAGUCACCUUUGGUAGGUGAUAUGAUCCACUAGUUAUAUGAAAAUACACGACACGGUCUUCAUCCCGAUUAUGAUUUAUUUGAUCGCGAUAGUAAGGGUAAUGCACAUACGUCAACGAUCGUUCUAUAUUUAACGCGUCACCGCAUUGAUCGUUUACUUAAUUGUGAAACCUGACUUUCCUACGAAAGUUAUCGCGCGCUUCUGAUUCCGCAUUCAAUUUUCGCGUCCCCAUCUCCCUACCGAGAAAACCGACUCACAAAAAUUGUCGCGCGUUUCUCACAGUAUUGAACUUAGAGUAUACGGAGAAUAAACUUUCAAGCUUAGAUAGCUAUUUUCGUAUUAUGUAUUUUAUUAAAAGUAGUCCCAUGUAUUACCUGUGAUCGACAGCCGUUCAGGUAAUUAUGCCAAUUAUUUUUAAUUUGCUCAAUGAUUGUUGUGAACUGCAAUUAUUUUCUUUUAGCAUUUGCAAAUAUUACAGACUCCAGGAGUCCUCAUGAAAACGCAUUGGCUAAAUUCCUUCUAGGAUGUAAAGAAAAAAAUCGGAAUGAUCUCACACAGUUCCAUGUCGUCGAAUGACCGCAACCACUCCUUAAAUUUUCUGUAAUGCUAUUGGCUACCAAGUGUGCAUCCUUGGUAUUUUUAUCACUUCACGAGGAAGAACAAUGUGCACCUGCACCAAGCACGCAUCACUUUUCGUUUUUUCGCCGAACAAUGCCACCCGAUUGAUAUCCCCUUCGCAACUGCCCCAAACACGCGGCUUUUUUUUUCACUUUUUCCUUAGAACAAUUCAACACGAUCGAGAUCCCCAUCUCUUAAGUAAUCUCUGGAUUCAACUGUGACAUUACUACUAAGUAUUUUCCGUUUAUCAUCGGACACCAUUGCAAUUGAAAGAUCUAAUUGCAAUUAUGAAUUCAUUUAAAGAAUUUUAUCACAACUUAUAGUAUCUGAGGAUGUUUACCUUUAUCUAUGUAUGUUGUAUGCAUAUAUCCUGCAAUUUACGAGCGAUAAUGGCUCUGGUAAUAUUGUACAUUUUUAUAAAACAUGUAUAAUCAUUCUUAAUGGAGCACUUUUUGAUUUUCCAUGGAGCAUUUCAAAUUUGUAAUGGUCGCAACAACCUUUUGCCAUUUUAGCGUGAGUAUUUCAAGGUAAAAAAAACAAAUGUUUCUUCAGUGGCCCUUUUAAAAAUUGCACUGACGUUUCUGCAACAGUUAUAUGUAGUAGUGUAAAAUUGCCGUGCAUUUUUUUUUGUAUUUUUUUUGUUUUUCAUUUUCCUCUGUAGGAUUGAUAAAGGAGCUCGGAUGAGAUUAAUAAUUUUUGGAAGAGAUGAGAAUGGGUACAAAGGUGUAGCAGUAAUUUUGAAUAAAUUAAGGAUUAUAUGAAAAGAAAUAUAGUGGUUUUAUACAAUUAAACGGUGUAUCGGAAGAUAGCAAGUGCAUUUUGUAUGUUGUGAAAGUAUAUCGGCAAUUCACAGGUAAGUUAUUUAUGUAUUUCACGAGCUCGUCUGCUUAAUGAGAUUUUUAAUGGUAC